GCCUCCCAUCUCACUUCCUCUCGGAGCCUUGCCUGAGACGGGGGCUGGCCGACCAUAGCCCCGAAAGAAGACACCAUGUGAAAAAGUAUAAAAAUACACUAAAACGUAUCCGUUAGUUGUCAUUUCUCGCGACUACACACCUGUGUUUACGUUUCAAACAACGCCGACUGGAUGUGAGCGAACGAAUGGCAAGGGAAGGGACAGCAUAAUCUUGCGAAAGGAGACGAGUUGGUUAAUCUGGAGUUUCUCUAAUAGAGCGCUGAAGUGGUCUUUCCCUGGAAGCUGAAAGAGAGGAAACUUUCUGUUAACGAGGAAGUGGCAAGACAGAUAUAUCAUGCAGGUGAGUGAUGGCCCUAGUCAUAUCCCCAUGUUUGUGCCUCCACCCAAUGGAAACAGCCACCGGUCACCCGGAUACGUGCCUGGCAGGAUCGUGCCCAUGCGGUCCCCUCCCCCUCCCAAGGCCCCACCCCCUCCUCCGCACAAGCCCCCUGCCCCACCGCCUGUGCGGCCUUUGACCUUUAACCUCUCGGAUGGGGGUCAGGGGAGGGACUCCAUGCAGACCCAGCAGAGCAACAAGAAUGCCCUGAUCUUCACAGCCAUCUCCACCGGGGCCCUCUUCCUCUGCCUCAUCCUGGUCCUCACGCUGACCUACAGAGACGUCAUUGACGAGAACUGCCCCGACCACAACCCAUCUCUGACCAGCUGGAGUCCAGGUCACGACCCUCAGAAGGUGGUGGUGGUGCAGCAAGGUCAGAAGUUUCGUCUGGACUCCUCCGCUACACUUUUCUCACUGACCAUCAAAUCAGGAGGGCUGGUUGUCUUUGCGGACAAUUCUGCCGGAUCCAAGAACAUCACCCUCCGACUGCGGCACAUCCUGAUCCAGGACGGCGGUGCUCUGCACAUCGGAGGCCCCAAAUGCCGCUACCGUUCCAACGCCACCAUCACUCUGGUGGGCCGCUCCAAUGAGAGCGCCGUGCUGGAGGUCCCUGGCUUCGGGCGCAAGUUUGUGGGCGUGGCCGCUGGGGGUACCCUGGAGCUCCACGGCACCGAGCGGCUCUCCUGGACGCUGCUGACCCGCACGAUUCACGCCUCCGGGCUGGAGCGCACGCACUUGUUCCAGCGGAACUUCAGCCGUGGCAUCAACCUGCGCGUGGUGGACCAGGACACCGCCGCCGUCAUCCACUCGGAGCGCUUCGACACGUACGACUCGCGCAACGACAGCCGGCGCCUGAGCGAGCUGCUCCGGAGCCUUCCGCGGGGACGCAUCGUCACCCUGGCCGUGGGCGACUCCGCCUCCAAGAGCCUGCUGGAGGAAACGAAGAAAACCAUCCAGAAUCUUCUGGGGAGCAGCUACGUCAAUGACCUCAGAUACAGGCAGGCGUGGGCCCUGGUUUCAGUGGUGGGCGGCGGCAACACGUCGUGCACGGAGGACGUUCGGGAGCACGAGAACCAUGACACGAGUGGGAAGGCGCUGGCUCGCCGAGACUUUGUCACCGUGGAUGGCGUGCGCUUCUCCGUCACCGCCUACAGCGAGUGGCGAAACGGGUUUCCCCAAACUGGGUUCCAGGUGGAUGCAGUGGACCAGGUGGUACUGAACCUGCAGGACGAAGUGAGCAGCUGGAAACCGGGCGACCGUGUGGUGGUGUCCAGCACCGACUACUCCAUGCACCAGGCCGAGGAGUUCACCCUGCUCCCCUGCCCAUACUGUUCUAGGAAGCAGGUCCGGGUGCAAGGGAAGCCCCAAUUCAUGCACGUCGGGGAGGUGCUGGACGGGGUGGACAUGCGAGCAGAGGUGGCCCUCCUCUCCAGGAAUAUCCUCAUCCAUGGAGAGAUGGAAAAUUCCUGCUAUGGAAACAACUGGUGCCAGUUCUUCAACCACGACACUUUCGGGGGGCACAUCAAGAUCCAGGGCAACUUCUCGUCGGUGCACGUGUCCCAGGUGGAGCUCAAGCACAUGGGCCAGCAGAAGCAGCAGGGCAGCUACCCGCUACACUUCCACCGCUGCGGAGACGUGGACCAGCGCGGGGGCUACUCCUCCCCCACCUACGUGGACGCCGUGUCCAUCCACCACUCCUUCUCUCGCUGCGUCACCGUCCAUGCCACCAACGGCCUCCUAAUAAAGGACACGGUCGGCUACGACAUGCUCGGACACUGUUUUUUCCUGGAGGAUGGGAUCGAGCAGCGGAACACCUUCUUCCACAACCUGGGGCUGGUGACCCGGCCGGGCACCAUUCUGCCCACUGACCGGAACGACACCAUGUGCCAGAACAUCCUGGACAAAGUCUACAAGAACUACACCCCUACGCCAGCCACAGAUUGCAAGGCAGUGUCGACGUUCUGGAUUGCCAACCCCAACAAUAACCUCAUAAGCAAUGCUGCUGCUGGCUCUCAGGAUGCAGGGAUCUGGUAUAUAUUUCACAGCAUGUCCACGGGCGACUCCCACGGCCUGGUACCAGAAACGAGGGCUGAGCUCACUCCUCUGGGAAUCUUCUAUAACAACCGCGUCCACUCCAACUUCAAGGCUGGACUCUUUAUUGAUAAGGGGGUGAAGACCACAAACGCGAGUAAGGCUGACCCCAGGGAAUACCUGUGCCUGGACAACAACGUCAGGUUCCGCCCGCAUGAGGACGCAGACCCGAACCGGCCACGCGUGGCAGCCCUCAUUGACACCCUCAUCUCCUACAAGAACAACGAUCUCGGGGCAUGGAUCCGGGGAGGUGACAUCAUCAUUCAGAACUCCUGUUUUGCUGACAAUGGAGUGGGGUUGUCAUUUGCCAGUGAUGGCAGUUACCCUAAAGACGAGGGUUCCAGUCAGGAGGUCUCCCAGACGCUGUUUGUCGGGGAGAGCCGGAACCGUGGUUCUAACGGAGGCCAGAACAAAUACUGGGGAGUCGGUGGGGUGGAUGGAAAGAACAGGACACUACCCAGAUACAAAACAUUCCCCAUCCGAGGCUUUCAGAUUUACGACGGGCCCGUGCGGCUGACGGAGAGCACGUUCCGGAGCUACACCCCGACAGCGGAUCGCUUCACCAGCGCUGUGGGCUUCAACCUGAAGAACACCUGGCAGCUCACGCCUCGCAACAACCUCUCCUCUCUCAGCUUCUCCCCCUCUGUAAAGCUCCCGGUGUUCUUUGGGAAGCCGGGCCCGUGGUUCGACGAGAACGACCUGGACGGGGACAAGAACUCCAUGUUCCAUGACAUAGAUGGCACCGUGAGCGGCUACCCCAACACGUAUGUGGGGCGGGCGGACAACUUCCUCAUCCAGCACCCCGGCUGUGUGAACAUCAGCGAGUGGAACGGCGUGGCCUGCAGUGGACGCUACUCCCAGGUUUAUGUGAAGACUCAGGGAGCCUCUAACCUCAUGCUCUCCAUCCGCCGAGAUGAGUACCCCGAUCGACCUAUGGUGCUGCGGGGCAUCAACAGCCAAGGGGCGUCCUCCCAGCAGUACCAGCCCAUCCUCAUGAUGGCCAAGAGCUACACCUUCCAUUGGGAUGGAGUUGCCCCCAAAGAGAUUGUCCUGUCCCUCAUUAACUUUGACAAGGACGAUUGGGCACUUGUGGGUCUCUGCUACCCGACUGGCACCACCUUCCAGGUCAGGUCCGACAUCAAUGACCGCCAGAGCAACACCUUCACUGAAACGGAGGACUACGGGCCUGUGAGUUCCCUAGCCGAGCUGCAGAAACGGACGCAGGAGAGGAAGUACUUUUUCGACCGCUCUGUGGGGCUGCUGUGGCUGUACUUGCGGGCAAGGCACGGGCGCGAGGGUCACAGCUACUGCUCGGCCCUGGGCUGUGAGAGGGUGAUCAUCACGGCCUACACCGCCUCCAAGCAGACGUGCGACUGCACAGCCAAAGCCUACCCCACGUACCGCCAGACACCCACAGCCGUGGUGCCCAUGCCAGCACCCAACGCCAAGCCCUGCGAGCAGUGCGGAGCCUCAAAACUGAUCUUCUCUAGCGACCCGUGGAACUCCUACCUCCAGACAGAGAUCAAGUCCCUGAGCAGCAAAGAGGAGCAGAGCGGUGACUUGCAAUCCUACAUCACUGUGAACGGGAAAAGAUUUCCUCUCGCUCAGUCAGGUUUCCUUCUGGUCACUGUGGAUGCUUGCUCUGGCCAAGUCACAAAGAGUCCAUUGUUUCCCAACCUGGACUCCAAAAUGGAGCAGUAUUUGAAAACUGGAAUUCCAGCGAGGUCAAUAGUCCUCAUUGGAACAAGAGGCUCACCUAGUGGAAUCGCUUCCAUCGCACAAUAUCUGGUUCCCCUUGGAGCGGCCAAGGUAGCGGACCUUCAAAAGAAAGUGAGCCUGGCGUUCUUUGGGCUCCGCAGUGGGAGCUCCUACCCUCCCUGGAUCACUCUCCUGUCCGCUCAGGGUGAGGAGGGCCUGGGGGUCCAGGAGCGCUACCUCCCCCUGGCUCUGGAAGAGUACGGGUGCCCACAGGCAGGGCCACCCAAACGCAAAGACCUGGACCUCCUGAGAAAAGCUCUGAACCAAAAGUGAACCGUCUUUAAAUGUGAACAAACAUGCAGAAAACAAAACCCAGACUGGAUGAACGAACAAACAGACAAACGAAUGAAUGUGAACUCGUGAGCUUAAUUUAUUUAUGUCAGAAAGAGCUAAUUGUUUACCACAUUUCAAGGGUAUUUUUUAACUGUGUUUUUGAUAAUGGGAGUGGGUGGCGUAUGUUUGUUUAUGUGUGUGUGUGUGUGUGUGUGUGUGUGUGUGUGUGUGUGUGGCCGUGAGCUUCACGGUACAAAGCAAUGCACUUUUUUCUCUACUUCUUUUGAAAAACAAACAGCCGAUACCUUAAAACAGUAACACCAAGAGCCAAAAAAAAAACACUCAGAUUGGAAUGUUGAAAGGACACCCAAAAGCCAAACACAAAGACUGAAAUUGCUUUCACCUGUACGCAUCAGCCAAAGCUAAUGGAAAGGCCUAUGAAGAGUCUCUCUCUUUCUUUCUUUCCCUCCCUCUUCCUCUCUCUCUCACCCUCCCUCCUCCUCUUUAAAGUCAUCACUGGUGAUGCUAUCUUUGCAUCUGAUCCAUAUUUAAUUAUAUCUGAACACAAUUAUGUAUUUUUUUUUUCUCACUGGGUGUAGGACAGCACAUGAAGCAUAAUCUGUAUCAUCACUGUGUAUGUUUGUGUGCAUAUUUAUUACCUGUCUCUCUUUUACCCCCCUACAUCUCUCCCCUCACCUCUCACUCCCCCCCCCCCCCCCCCCCCUCUCUCUCUCCCUCUUUCCCUCUCUCUUAGCUCGGUGUUUGCUUUAAGGAAAUAUUUUUGUUUCCAUAAUUUCAGUACUGCUGAUCUGUCCCGGGGGAGAGAGCUGCAUAGUCAUGUGCCAGCUCUCCUUCAGCGCUCCCAAAGGGUUCUGAUCCGAAUCGCCUUUUUGUUUUUGUACAAGACGUUUGUAAAUGUUUGUAAGAUACAGAUUCUAUAUGUUCACAGUGGAAGAUUGUUCCUUUUUUUUCUCGUGGCAGGCUGGCUUUGUGUGCAAUGCAGGUGUGUCUACACCAUCCCCACCUUAACACAUACUUUCAGUCAGGUGGGUGCGAGUCGUCAGGGCGGAAGAAACCAGUUGCGUCUUCAUUUGGAAGUUGAGCGCACGUUGCCAGGUUGGACUGGUUUCCAUCGACUGUGUGCCCUCAGUUGAGCUGUUACUGUCACACACUGAUACAAACCCAAAGCUCUGUGCUAUGAAGUUUGAUGAAAAGCAACCAACAUGGAGGCUCUGCCUCAUACCGUGUAAGAAGAUUGUGCUUGUUUGCUUAGGCAAAGAGAGGGAGAAGUGACAGACCUGCUUCUUAACCACUGCACUGUAGUUUCAGAGGACCUGCAUGUGAUUGAUUUUGUUAAGUAAAGGUUUGGAGAUGUCAUUGUGCUAGUUGAUAGUAAAUCUGUAAGUAUGUUUUUGUAACUGGUAGGGUUCUAUAAGUGCCUUUUAUUUCAUGACGUUUUUUUAUACUGGCAAAGUGUUGAAUCACUUACGGUAUGUCUGUCAUAACCAGCUUUUUUCAACCUCAGUGUUUCUCUUCAAUGGCUUCAAAGCUGAAGCUGAAUAAACAUUUAUACUUUUCUGUA